UACGAAAUGAUCAGUUGAGUUUUGGAGUUUUUGUUGAUUGAGUUCCAAGAAAGUACUGGAACCACUCAUUCGCUUGUUUGUUCGUUUGGAUAACCUUCUUCAUUAUCAUCGACCUUUUCAGCUUUAUUCCACUUGGAUCCACCAUGCCUGUCUACAAAGUUUCGGUCAAAUGGGGAAAGCAGAAGUUUGACAAUGUAGAGGUAGACAGCGACGAGCCUCCCGUCGUCCUAAAGGGCCAGCUGUUUGCUCUGUCUGGUGUGCCCCCGGAGCGGCAGAAAGUUAUGACCAAAGGCGUGACUCUCAAGGAUGAUGAAUGGGGCAAGUUCCAGAUAAAAGAUAAAGCUGUCCUGCUCAUGAUGGGCUCUGCUGAUGAACUACCACAAGCACCUACUCAGCCAACACAGUUUAUGGAAGAUAUGACUGAUGCUCAGCUUGCUUCCGCGUUCGACAUUCCAGGUGGCCUGGUCAACUUGGGAAACACGUGCUAUAUGAAUGCUACUGUGCAGUGUCUGCGCACCAUUCCCGAGCUGAGGAACUCCUUGGCCAAAUUAUCGCAUGGACCACUUGAUCCACCGGUCAUCCCAUCAGCGCUUCGUGACACGUACACGCUGAUGGAUAGAGCGGUGGAAGGCUUUCGGCCCAUGCUCCUCCUCAGGACACUCCAUACCGCCUUUCCGCAGUUUAGUGAGAAAGGAGAGAAUGGCGUUUUCAUACAGCAGGAUGCAAACGAGUGCUGGACACAGUUUGUGCGAGCCAUGCAGGAGGUAAUCAAUCCCGUUACAAUGGACUCCAAUGGGCAGCUGACUGAAACCCAGCGCUCCAUGACUGGUGACAUGGGAUUUGUUGACCAGUUUCUUGGUGGUCGUCUUCAGAGCACCUUGAAAUGUGAAGAACAGCCUGAAGAGCCAGAGACUUCGUCCGAGGAGCGGUUUCUGCAACUAAGUUGUUUCAUCAGCAAAGAUGUGAAGUACAUGCAUACCGGACUCAAGAAUCGGCUGCAAGAACACAUCACAAAGCGAUCGCCUUCUCUAGACCGUGAUGCCGUUUACAUCAAAACUUCUCUAAUUGACCGUCUACCUGGCUACCUAUCCGUGCAAAUGGUGCGGUUUUUCUACAAGGAGAAGGACAACAUUAAUGCAAAAAUCUUGAAGGACGUGAAGUUUCCCUUGUCGCUUGAUGUCUUCGACAUGUGCACACGAGAGCUGCAGCAGAAGCUCACCCCAAUGCGCGAGCGGAUGCGCAUCAACGACGAAAAUGAGAUCGAGAAAUCUAAGGUGGCUAAGGUAGCUGGUGCCCAGGCUGCAGAGGAAUCCGCAGAAGGCAAGGAUGAAGACAACGAGCCAUACUGGUUUGAAGGCGAUAUUGGAUCAAACAACAGCGGGUUUUACGAGCUGAGGGCUGUAUUGACCCAUCAGGGACGAUCAUCCAACUCUGGACAUUAUGUUGGCUGGGCGAAAAGGAAAGGCACCCACUGGUUCAAAUUCGAUGAUGCUGAUGUGACAUCUGUUCAUGAAGAUGAUGUCCUCAAGCUCUCCGGUGGCGGUGACUGGCAUACUGCCUAUGUACUCCUGUACGGUCCACGUCGACUGCCCAAAGGUGCAGGCCUCACAGAGAAGAGCACAGAAUCUGGAGCAACGGAAGCGACCUCAACAGAGGGUGCAGCCUCAGGAGAGACACCAAUGGAGACAUAACAAACCAAAUGUCCACGAGGGAUCUCAGCUCUCAAUUGGGCUGUGUGAAAAAAAGUCAUGCCAAGAUAUUUGGUUGGAUUAGUGCUCGCAUCUAACAUUGAUACAGAGUGUCAGCGUAUGACAGGUACCAGAACGUACAUUGUAUUUUGUUCCUGUAACAUAUACUUGGUGUACUAGAGUAAAAGCAAUAUGAAGUAUUGGGUGCUGUGCAACCGGUUUUAUUUUAGGAAAUCCGCUUCCAGUGACCAACUCAUUGGCUUUUUCUCUUUUUAAUAUUGAAGCAUUGUUGACUCUAGGCAUUGCAUGUUGCAUUCUACAUAUGUAAAAAAAAUGUUCUUCAGCUGCCAUGCAAGUCUGAUUUUGUGUGGUGCGUGUACACUCAUGAAUAUGCAUUAGCGCUCGCCAUGCAGGUCAUUUUGUGUGGUGCUUGUACACUCAUGAAUAUGCAUUAGCGUUCUUCUCAUACACACUACAUUGUGCCUAUUGUGAACUCAUUCUGCCACUACUAGUUAUGUCUUUGUAACAAAGUUUGUAUAUAACUUGUUCCAUCCAUUCAACUGCAUGCUCCGUUGCUUUGCUGUUGUUGCUUCAUCAUAUACAACUGCUGCUGCUGCUGAUGACAAUGACGGUGUUGUCUCCAAAUGCAGUUAUGUCAAUAUUCCUGAAAAAUGGA